GGGGCUUGCGUCGGUGCUCGGAGCUCGAGCGGGUGAGGGACCCUUGAGGAUCAUGGACCCUGAAUGCUCCCAUCUCCUCCCAGCUCUCUGUGCUGUUCUGGCAGAUCCCAGGCAGCCAGUGGCAGAUGACACUUGUUUGGAGAAGCUGCUGGAUUGGUUUAAAACAGUGACAGAGGCAGAGUCCAGCCUCCUGCUGCUGCAGGAGAACCCCUGCCUGGUAGAGCUCCUGUCCCAUGUUCUGAGACCGCAGGACAUGAGCCCCAGAGUCCUCUCCUUUGCCCUGCGCCUUGCUGGGACAUUUGCGGCCCAGGAAGAUUGCUUCCAGUACCUUCAGCAGGGGGAGUUGCUGCUGGGGCUCUUUGGGGAGACGGGAACCCUGGGCUGGGCAGCCUGGAAUGUCCCCACCGUGCGCAGUGGCUGGAUCCAGGGCCUGAGGGCCCUGGCACGGCACCCCAGCGCCCUGCACUUCCUGGCUGACAGUGGUGCAGUUGACACCGUCUUCUCCCUGCAGGGAGAUCCAAGCCUAUUUGUGGCUUCGGCCGCCAGUCAGCUCCUGGUGCACAUCCUGGCUUUGUCCAUGCGAGGCGAAGCUGUGGAGUGCUGCAGCCCACAGGGCAGUGCCUGGCCUGCAUGUGCCCAGAAGAUCGUGAGCCACGUGGAAGAGUCCUUGCGCUCCACAGAUACCCCACAGGUCACUCAAGCCCUGAACGUCCUGACCACUACCUUUGGACGCUGCCACAGUCCCUGGACAGAGGUUCUCUGGGAUCAGCUGAGUCCCCUCGUGGCCUGCCUGCUUGAAAGAGACCCUGUUCCAGCUGGACACUCACUCGUUGACCUCCUCCUCAGUGUGGCCCGUUCUCCUGUGUUCAGUUCUACAGACUGUGGCCUGUGGGAGACGGUGGCUCAGACUCUGAGCCGUCUGAGCCCCACUCAAGCUGGACCUCUGGCCUUAGGAACACUGAAACUCCAGCACUGUCCACAGGCACUGAGGACUCAGGCCUUUGGAGUCCUCCUCCAGCCCCUGGCCUGUGUCCUGAAAGCCACCAUUCAGACCCCUGGGUCUCCAGGCUUGCUGGAUGGGACUGUGGGCGGCUCCCUGACCGUGGAUGCACUCCUGUCCUCCAAGUCGGCCUGUGCGGGGCUCCUGUGCCAGACUCUGGCUCACCUGGAGGAGCUGCAGCCACUGCCCCAGCGCCCCUCACCCUGGCCCCAGGCACCCCUUCUAGAAGCUGUAGUGACCAUACUGCGACUUUGCAAUGGCUCAGCUGCCCCCAGCUCCAGUGUAGGGGGCCGCCUCUGUGGGACCCUGGCUGGCUGCCUCCGGGUCCAGCGAGCAGCCCUUGACUUCCUGGGGACACUGUCUCAGGGAACAAGCCCCCAGGAGUUGGUGCCACAGGUGUUUGCCGUCCUCCUGGAGUACCUCGAGAGCCCUGACUCCAGCCCCACGGUUCUGAAGAAGGCCUUCCAGGCCACGCUCGGGUGGCUCCUGAGCUCACCCAAGACCCCCGGCUGCUCUGAUUUUGGCCCCCACAUCCCGCUGUUCCUCGGAGAGCUGUUCCCCGUGCUACAGAAGCGCCUGUGCAGCCCCUGCUGGGAGGUGAGGGACUCGGCCCUGGAGUUCUUCACGAAUCUGAGCAGACACUGGGGAGGGCAGGCCGACUUCAGAAAAGCACUCCUCUCUUCAGAGGCACCCACGCUCACCCAGCAGCUUCUCCGAGACCCUGAGAGUUACGUCCGAGCAAGCGCAGUGACCGCCAUGGCUCAGCUCUCUAGCCAGGGCCUACAGGCCACCCUCGCCAGCCCUGAGCACCCAGAGACCGAGCAGGGCCUGCUCAAGGAGUUCCUGCACAUUCUGUCUGCAGACUCCGAGGGCUUCCCACGGAGGGCGGUCGUGCAGGUCUUCACCCAGUGGCUGAGGGAUGGCCAUGCUGAGGUCGCUCGGGACACGGAGCAGUUUGUGGCUACUGUGCUCCAGGUGGUGAGCCAGGACCUGGACUGGGAGGUGCGGGUGCAGGGCCUGGAGCUGGCGCAGGUGUUCCUGGCCCAGAAGUUGGGACAGCCUGCCCAUUGUCCCUAUGCAGUGGGCCUGCCUGAGGGCCCCUCACCUGGCCUGCGCCCUGAGGUGCUGCGGAACCUCUGCCAGCCUUGGCUCCUUGAGUUUGCCUUUCGUGCCUUGUUUGACUGUGACAGACCCGUAGCCCAGAAGGCCUGUGACCUCCUCCUCUUCCUGAGAGACAAGACUGCUCCCUGUGCUGGCAUGCAGGAAACUGGGGACAACCCCUGCCUGGACUCUGUGGAGGCUAUUCUGCAGAGGUGGCAGGCGGGUGAGCAGGGCCAGUCCCUGGGGGACCCAGAGCCUGAGGCCAUGCUGGCUGUCCUGAGGUCCAUAGAUCUGGAGGGCCUUCAGGGCAGGCUGGCCGAGAGCAGUGACCACGUGGAAAAGAGCCCACAGUCCCUCCUGCAAGACAUGCUGGCCACGGUGGGAGUGCUGGAGGAGAACGAGGCUGACUGCUACUGAGGCCGUGCCAGCUCCUCCACAGGCCCUGCGUCCCAGUGCUGCAGCCAGGCUGCUGGGAGGGACUCUCCCGGAAACUGACCAAAACCCCCACAUUCUGAUGUGUUAUUUUAAAAGUGGCUUAUUUUCUACUCAAGUAGAACUAAAGUCUUUAAUCCACUUCAGGGUGAUUUUGUACUUGGUAUAAGACAGGGUUGGGUUUCCUUCCUUACCUGGUUGACAGUUUCCCACCUGUGUUCGAAGGGAGCUCCCUCCCCAGCAGGCCUGUCUCCCCAGCAGGCUGCACUCUUGGCCGCCCUUGUGGGUGAGGGCUUGUUUCUGGGCCCUCUGCUGUCCCUGGUCUGUUUGUCUGUUGUGGCCACUCCAGCUCCACAAUAGCCCCUGAAGUCGGGCAGCAUGAUUUCCAUCAACUUUCAUUUUUCUUUUUCAAAGUCGCUUUUCCAUUUGGGGUCUUUUGUGACUUCACAUGAAUGUUACUGUUGCUCUUUCUAUUUCUGUGAAAAGUGCCACUGGGCUUUUGGUUGCAACUGCCCUGGGUCCGUAGGCCACUUUGGGGAGUGUAGCCAUUUUAACACCACAAGUGACUCCGCCCUGAGCCCAGGACCUUUUCCCCUGUGUUUGUGUCUUUAGCUCCUUUCUCUGUCUUCCUGUCUUCAGUGUUCAAAGUUUUCACUCUGUAGUUACAUUUAUUCCUAAGUAAUGUUGUUGUUGUUGUUGUUUUUGGUGCUAUACAAAUGGGACCAUUUUCUUCUUCAGGUGGUUCACCUUUAGCUGAUGGUUGUAUGUCGUCUUUUGUAUCUUGAAACUUCACUGAAUUUGUUUACUUAACCAUGUUUUGGUGCAGUCUUCAGGGCUCUCUGCAUACGAGAUCAUGUCAUCGGCAAACAGAUGAUGAUUUUCUUCCUCCCCCUCUGAUUUGAUACCUGUUGUUUCUUUUUCUUGCCUAAUCUCUCGGCCACGGACUUCCAGCCCUGCUGGGGAAAUGGCGAGUGGGCUCCCUGGUCUUGUUCCUGAUCUUAGAGGAAAAGUGUCACUGAUGAGUCUCAUGUUGGCUGUGCUCGUCACUCGUGGUCUUUAUGAAGUUGAGGUACAUAUCUUCUGUGCCUAGUUUGUUGAGUGUUUUCAUCAUGAACUACGUUGAGUGCUUUUCUGCCUCUAUCAAAAUGGUCAUGUGAUUUUAUUCCUCUGUUAAUGUGAACCAUCCUUGUACCCCAGAAAUAAAUUCCAUCUGAUCAUGGUGAAUGAGA